AUGAAGUUCUCCGCCACAUCUGCGCUGUGCACGGUGAUCCCCCUUCUGCUGGACGUGGGGCAAGCAAAGAUCUACUUGCAGGAAAAAUUCGACGACGAGGGCUGGCGGGAGCGAUGGACGGUGCCGACCAAGUGGAAGCCCGCGGACGAGCUGGGGGAGUGGGGGUGGACGGCCGGCGAGUGGUACGGGGGCUCCGCGGACGACAAGGGCAUCCAGACCUCCGAGAGCAAUAGGUUUUACGGUUUGUCCGCGAAGCUUGCGGAGCCGUUUACCAACGAGGGGAAGGACCUGGUGCUGCAGCUGUCCAUUAAGAAUGAGCAGAAGCUGGACUGCGGGGGCGCGUACAUCAAGCUCACGGGCGACAUGGACCAGGACUCGUUCGGGGGGGACACUCCGUACCAGAUCAUGUUCGGGCCCGACAAGUGCGGCACGAGCAACGCACGCACGCACGUGAUCUUCAACUACCCUCCCAAGGGAGAGGGAGACGACGGCAACUUGCUCAUCAAGAAGGACGUCAAGAUGGAGAAGGACCAGGCCUCGCACCUCUACACCUUGCACGUCAAGCCCGAUGGCACCUUCGAGGUGUUCAUCGACCAGGAGAGCGUGCGUGCCGGGUCCCUCGAGGACGAGUUCGACUUCUUGGCCCCCAAGGAGAUCAAGGACCCGGGGCAGAGCAAGCCGGAGGACUGGGUGGACGAGAAGAAGAUUCCCGACCCGGAGGAUGUGAAGCCCGAGGGGUACGAUGACAUCCCAUCCGAGAUCCCGGACCCGAAGGCCGAGAAGCCCGAGGACUGGGACGAGGAGGAGGACGGCGAGUGGGAGCCGACGAUGAUCAAGAACCCCGAGUACAAGGGCAAGUGGAAGCCCAAGAUGAUCCCCAACCCGGACUACAAGGGCCCCUGGGAGCACCCGAUGGUGCCCAACCCGGACUACAAGGAGGACAAGACGCUGGGGAAGAGGUGCACCGACUGCACCCACGUUGGGUUCGAGCUGUGGCAGGUGACGGCGGGCACUAUCUUCGACGAGAUCUUGGUGACGGACUCCCUGGAGGAGGCUCAGAAGUUCGCGGAGGAGACGUGGGCGACCAAGAAGGACAAGGAGAAGGAGGCGCACGAGGAGCUCAAGAAGAAGCAGAAGGAGGAGGAAGAGGCGGAGAGAGCCGCAAAGAAGGCGGCCGCGGGAGACGACGAGGAGAGCGAGGAGGAGGGCGAUGCGGUCGACGACUGGCUGAGCGAAGCCGAGGAGGACGAGCACGACGAGCUCUGAUUAUAUUCGCGGCUGUUGUUUCGUCGAUCGAUUUUGUUCUGAUUUUUAUUUGGCGAGAAUCGGUGUGGGGUUGAGCACGAACGGCCUCUGAUCUGAUUGGCUGAUGGGUUUGAUCGGUUGGUUCAGUAUAGCGGAGGACGAGCACGGCGAGCUUUGAUUGGCUGAUGGAUCGAUUCGAUUCGAUCGAUUGGUUGGUUGGUUGACCAGCACGCUGAGCUCUGAUUGGCUGACGGAGCGAGAUCUGUUGGUAGGAGGUUUGGACCGCUCGUCGCGGGCGAUUUUUUUGGAUGUCGUUGUGGUGCCAAGGUGCCACUGGCUGCCUGGCGGCCCCGCCGGUGAUAGUCGUCUGUUGAUCGAUUGAUCAAGGUGGUGCAUCCGGUUCUGGUGUUGUAUUAGGUUGUGUAUUUUUCUUACGUCUCUUAGUGAUGCGUUGUGGGCCUGGCGACGUUUUGUUCCUAUCCGGCUGCCGAUUGAUUCCGCCGUGACGCCCGUGUUCGUUUCUUUUUUUUCCGUACAAUAGGUACUGUACCGUGUUCGUUACGGUAAAACACCGUAUUGUUACCGUUAAGAACGUGGAUUUUCCUGUCCUCAAUAGGUGGCGUACCGUGUUGUUCCGGUAAAAAAAUGUGGAGGGCUGGCGCGGCGGCGAUGAUGGUGCACUACCCUUGUGGGCACGCAGCGAACAACGUGUAGUGUGUCGCUGGGUCGGUGUGUGACGAAGUAUGAUACAGCAGCAGUUCGGUUUCGCUGGAUUGGCGUGUUUUAAGUUGGUUUGAUCGAUCAAUUAUUCUUGUUCUGUCUCAAUAUUGGCGCUUGUGUUCAAGAGCAUGUGGGUCCCUACGGCGUUUGACCUGCUUUCUGCCCUUGUUGCGUUUUGUGAGAACAACGAACGGGUGGUGUGUGUGUUUUUUUUUAGGGCCCUAACGUCCCUUGGAUUUGGGGUGAUGGACGACAACAUGAACCGGUUUGCCG